UCGUUUAUGGAGAUAAAUGCGUUUCUUUUCUCAAAAUCGGCAAUAAUGGAGAAAAUUGCUGCCGGUUCAAUUUGCUUGAUGAGAGCCUGAAUCGAGAAGUAUGUGACGUAACAUAAGGACAGGAAGUUUUUCUGAAGUGUGAUUUUUGCUAUAAUUUCUACUUUACCUACUACGGCUCUGCAUCAAAAUGCCUGAUAGAUGUGCAGUUUUCGGCUGUUCAAACCGAGCAAAUUCUGCGGAAGGAAUUUCUCUUCACCGUAUACCAUUUUACGGUGAUGAGCGUCCUGAAGCGAAGCGAAGACGUAAAAUCUGGGUGAAUUUUGUUGCAAGAAAACGCGCUCGAUGGACACCGACUAAGUAUUCGACUGUUUAUUAUGGUGAUGGCAAAGUAAUUUGGACAAAGUUCAAAUCUUUCCUGAGUCACAUAGUAGACAAGGACACCAAUUUGGAUGAUCCACUGUUUUCAAGUUGUUUUCAUGGCCCUGAUAUUCAAACAAGGGAAUAUUUGUUAGAAGGUUUGUGAAGGCAUUAUUUAAAGAUAACUUCCCUAACAGUUUAUCAUUAAUCUUUGUUGUAAUGUUUAAGGUUCAGUUGCUCACGAAAAGCUUUGUGCUAAAUUGUUAUACCCACAGCUGAUGAAGUCAAUUCAACAGGCUUCACCAGUUGCUCAAACAAGUUGUUUGGAAGGAUUCCAUUCUGUCCUGAAUCACUUUGAUCCAAAAAUGAUUCAUUAUUCCUAUGUUGGAAUGUAUUGCAGACACAUUUUGGCAUCCAUCCACUUCAACAACAACUUAAGGCGUGAUGUAAAGAUGAAGAAUGAUGGCACUUUCCAAAUAAAUGUGGUGUAUCCAAAGUUUAAAAAUGGUGAAGGAACUGUGAGGGAUGUCAGAGUUAAGCCCAAAUUUGAGUAUGUGGAAGAAUUAUUUGAGAGUGUGAUGCUGUCAAUAAAAGACAAAGACGCAUUAUCAAAUUCACAAAAUCUUUUGAAAGAAAUGUCCCCACCACCAAUGAAUGUCAUGCUGCAAAAGCAACCCAGAACCUUUUCUUUCCACGACUUCACAUGGCUUACCAUUAUACGGUGUUUGUUGUUUAUUAGCGGUCGUAUCUUUCUUUACUAACACCAUAUCACCUACUUUAAUCUCACUUGUCUUUACGUUCCUGUUAUUGUCUGCUUGUAAUUUCAUCUUCAAUUUUGCUUUUUCAUCCUGUACUCGAAUUCUUUCCUC